UUUUUUUUAUAUAAAACCCUUUCAUUUUUCUUUUUGUUUCUUUUCUUUCUUCUUCUUUAUUAUUUUCUCUACUUUAUUUUUUUUUAAUUCUUUUAUAUUAAAUAAAUAUGGUUACUGCCACUAAUCUUGGUUUCCCCUACGUCGGAUCUGAACGUCAACUUAAGAAACUUGUUGAAUCCUACUGGUCUGGAAAGAUUACUGAACAAGCUUUACGUGAAGGUUACUCCAAGAUUCAAGAAUCUCACUGGAAAGUACAACAAGAAAAGGGUCUUCAACAUAUUCCUUCUGGUGAAUUCACUCUUUAUGACAGAACUUUGGACACCAUCCAAAUGCUUGGUGCCAUUCCUCAACGUUACCAAAACAUUAGUAAUCCUCUUGAUCAAUUCUUCGCCAUGGGUCGUGGUUUACAACGUGCUGCUACUGAAACAACUGCCAAGGUGGAUGUUCCUUCUAUGGAAAUGAAGAAAUGGUUCGAUACCAACUACCAUUUUAUUGUGCCCGAACUUGAACAAGAUCAAACUUUCCAAUUGGAAGCUAAUCCUCGUGUGGUGGAACAAUUCAAGGCUGCUAAGGCUCUUAACAUUCAUACUCGUCCUGUUCUUGUUGGUCCUGUUACCUUUUUACGUUUGGCCAAAGCUGCUAAAGGUGUCCAAGAAUUUGAUACUUUGACCUUAUUGCCCAAGGUGUUACCUCUCUAUGUACAAGUUCUUAAUCAAUUGAAGGAAGCUGGUGCUGAUUGGGUUCAAAUUGAUGAACCUAUUUUGAUUUUGGAUUUGGAAGAUAAGGUCAAUGCUGCUUUGGAAACUGCUUACAAGACUAUCAAUGCUGAAACUUCUAUUAAGACUUUGGUUGCUGCUUACUUUGGUCGUGUUGAAAAGAAUAUCUUGUCUGUGAAGGAUCAUGUUGAUGCUAUUCAUUUGGAUCUUGUACGUGCACCUGAAGAAUUGGAUACUAUUUUGCCUUUGUUGAACAAGAAUCAAGUUUUGUCUGUUGGUGUAGUGGAUGGUCGUAACAUCUGGAUCAAUAACUUGGAAAAAUCUAUCGCUUUAGUUAAAAAGGCCGUUGAUGCUCUUGGUCAAGAUCGUGUCUUUGUUGCUCCCUCUUGUUCUUUGGCUCACUCUCCUUACUCUACCUCCUUUGAAACCAAGAUCAAGGAAAAGAAUCCUGAAUUGUACAGCUGGUUGUCCUUCUCUGUUGAAAAAUGUGCUGAAAUCGUGACCAUUGCCAAGGCUGUGAACGGUGAAGAUGUCAAGACCGAAUUGGAUGCCAAUGCUGCUGCUGUCGAAAGUCGUCGUACUUCUCCUCAAACUGUCAACCCUACUGUCCGUGAUCGUGUGGCAAAGAUCCCUGCUGAAGCUUGGAAGCGUCCUUCUCCCUUCAACACUCGUCGUGAAGCUCAAGUGAAGAAACUCAAGUUACCUCUCUUCCCUACUACCACCAUUGGUUCUUUCCCUCAAACCAAGGAAAUCCGUGUGGCUCGUCAACAAUUCAACAAGGGUACUUUGUCUCAAGCUGAUUACGAUGCUUACAUCAAGUCUCAAAUGAAACAAAUGGUUGAAGCUCAAGAAAAAUUGGAUCUUGAUGUCCUUGUCCAUGGUGAACCUGAACGUAACGAUAUGGUUGAACACUUUGGUCAUUUGCUUCAUGGUUAUGACUUUAGUGCUAAUGGUUGGGUUUGCAGUUAUGGUUCUCGUUGUGUCAAGCCUCCUAUUAUCUUUGGUGAUGUUUCCCGUCGUCAACCUAUGACCAUUGAUGAAAUCAAAUAUGCUCAAUCUUUGACUAGCCGUCCUAUGAAGGGCAUGUUGACCGGUCCUGUUACCAUGAUGAAGUGGUCUUUUGUUCGUGAUGAUAUCCCAGCCAAUGAACUCUGUGCUCAAGUUGGUUUGGCUCUUCGUGAUGAAGUCGUUGAUUUGGAAGCUGCUGGUAUUCCUUGUAUUCAAGUCGAUGAACCUGCUAUUCGUGAAGGUUUACCUAUUCGUCGUGCUGAUUGGGAUGCUUAUCUUGAAUGGUCUGUCGGCUGUUUCCGUUUGUCUACCUCUGGUGUACGUGAUGAAACUCAAAUUCACACCCAUAUGUGUUACUCUGACUUUAAUGAUAUCUUUGAUGCUAUUGCUGCUAUGGAUGCUGAUGUUAUCACCAUCGAAAACUCCAAAUCAGAUGAAAAGUUGCUCAAGAUCUUUGAAUCCAAGAAAUAUCCUAAUGAAAUUGGUCCUGGUCUUUAUGACAUCCACUCUCCUCGUGUUCCUUCCGUUGAAGAAAUGAAGCAACGUUUCGCCGAUAUGCUCAAGUACAUUCCUCCUCAUUUGUUGUGGGCUAACCCUGAUUGUGGUUUGAAGUCUCGUCAAUGGCCUGAAACCAAUGCUGCUCUUGCCAACAUGGUUGAAGUUGCCAAGUUCUUCCGUGCUCAACAUCAAGCUUAGGUUAUAUAUAUAUUUUCUCUUUUCCCCCCUCUUUAAAAAGUUUAUAUAGUUCAUCCAUCAAUAGUUAGUUUUUAUUCUUCAUAAUCAUACUUACAAUUCAACAUUUACCCCCCUCAAAAAAUUACCUUUUUGUUUCAAUUAAAAAAAACUAGCAUUCAACAUGUACAUACAAUCACAAUUUUUUUUUUGUCUUCUUUAUUUGUGCCUC